AUGGAAGGCCGCUUUCCAAGCGGCGCUGCAGAGUCGCCUAGUCGACAGGCAGCCAAAGUUGAAUCCCUUGCCGAACUUCAACCAGCCGCGCUGUACAGUGGAUACAGCAUCGGCUCGAAGCUACCAUCGCCGCUGCGCUGCUUGCGAAGGUCCAGCAGCCUCCACUCCGCGCAGCCGACGCAGCCGUUGCAGCCGGUGCAGGCGCUGAGUCAAGAGGGCUCACCGUCGCGUCUGCGGUCCCCGAGGGUGCACUCAAGGCCGAGACCACCGCUGCCGUCCUUACCACGAGCUGCGCGCCGGCUGCUGCUCCCGAAGGAGGAUGAUCGUUCACGGACAGGUGCUCAGACUUCGCAGCCCGAGGCCUUGAAUGGCAGGCCGCCGCAGCCAGGCCAAGACGGAUCGGAGACUUCAGCCGAGCCCGCCCAGCGGACCUUGGGAGGUCCAGAAAGGUCAUCGCACUUGGGUGGUGCCAGAACGCCCACACUCGCCGGACUUCGCGCACUUUCCUGUUCCGGUCGACGAAAAGUUCUUGGAGGCGAACGAGGACAAAAGCUGGGAGCCGGAGUCCCGAAGUUCCUAGUCGACACCUCUGGCCUUUCAGCAAAAGCCGACAAAGGAUGCUGGGAUCGGAAGCAGAAUCCAGACGAUGCCACCGGUCACGCUGCGACCCCGGUGGACUUUCCGCUCGGUGGCAUUCUGCAAUGCAAUCUGGCCCAUAGGCUGCCAAAGCACAUGGCGCAACCGCCACCGUUGCCGCCAGUCGACCGCCAGUGCCCAAGCGUCUACCGCGUCUUGAGUUUGCACCCGGCAGCCUUGGUGCCUAGCUGGGCAUACUCCGCCUGGCGGGCAAUGCUCUCCGAAGGCCGCAAAGAGGAGACGGCAAAAAACUACGCUCGUACCUUUGUCCGGCUUUUCGAAGAGGAGCGGAAGGCUCCCAGUGAGAUGGCCACGCAGGAGUUCUUCGAACUCACGAAGGCAUCGCCUAAGAACAAGAGUGGGAACGGCCAGCGUGCUGCUUCCGUUGCCGCUUUCCGUAAGUUCUACGACAGCAUUCAGGGAGAUGUCUCAAAGCUUGAGCGGCCGGACGAGACCAUCAAAUUCUGUCAGGUCAGUUUGCCUGGAAUGGUCAAAGCCCGACCGCCUAAGAGGAAAGAGCCAGAGUCACAGGCAGCGAAGGCGAAGGAGAGCAACGGCCCUGUCGCAGAGGCCGAGAACGGCAAGACUGUCAAGAAGCGCAAGCGUGAGCCUCGCGACGAGGACAAGGAUGUUGAGGGCGCGGCCGAAAACGGCAGGUCGCAGAAACAUCCUCACGAGCAGCCGCAGGAUGCAAGCAACGAUAUGCCUCAGGAGGCUUCGGCACCUGUGGUGGAGAGGAAGGUUGUGAAGCUCGACCAGGUCUUCGACCUGUUGGGAAGUGUCGACGCAGCGCAGAGGUCCUCUGACCCGCAGAGCGGGCCGCCGAGUCGGCCCCGAGUUCUCUUUGUCCACGGCCGCGAUCCGGCGAAAAUGAUGACCUCGCGCGUGCACGGCGUGUACACGGAGCUGGGGGAGACGAAGGAUGGGCGUCCUGCCUUCGAGAAAGUGGAUCACGAGAAGAAGACCUAUAUCUCCUAUGUCGGAGACAAGAAAACUUGGCGAAUGUCUGUUUCACUGACUUCCCAGGGAGACUUUGCAAAGGUCAAGGAGCCUGCGGAUCUCCCUUGGCAAGUUUCCAGGCCCUGGAAAGUCUUCAACGGAGACGGAAGUUAUGAAGAGGACACUUCCCUCCGCUGUGACUUCCUGGAUCCAGAGAAGCCGGCGCCAGAUCUGGAAGUUGAGGUGUGCCUUCCAAUGUGGCCUCCAGCAGGCCAGAUGGGCACCUCGUCCUCAUCAAAAAGGCCAAGACCACCUCAGGCAGAAAGUCAGCCGUCUUCCAAUGCGGGGGAUGCCAAGCCGAACCCGCAAGUUGUGAAGAUUCUCGGCUUAGACAACUCCAUAAAAAAUGCGAGCCGCGUGAUGGGUGUGUAUGUCGAGCAGGCAAUGCAGCACUCAGAGCAGCCGGUGUUCAAGAAGAUGAACGAGGCGAAGCCCAGCUUCUUGUACUUCGAUGCUCAGAAGGAGAGGUGGAAGAUCGCCAAAUCGUUGGAAGACAAGGGUGACUUUGCACACGUCAAGGACAAGGGUCAGCUGCCCUGGCUGCUGAAGAAGCCUUGGAAGGUCUACGACGGUGAGAAGUACGCAGAAGUCCCUGGACUACGAGUUCAGGAGGCGGAUCCGUCCAUUCUGGAGGCCCAGGCCGCAGAAGCGAAUGUCCAGAAGCGAAGCACGAAAGCAGCGGAAAAACGUAGCAAAGUCGAGAGGAAAGAAUCAAGCAGCAAGAUUCGCGACAGGAAAUGGCUCGGCCAACAGAUGACCGCUGAUGAGCUGCCACUGGAAGCGCUGAAAGAGCUGCCCCAGGAUGCUCCUGAUGGACACGAUGCAUGGCGAGUUGUGAAGUGGGAGCCAUCUCACAAUCGGGCCUUGUUUCAAUUCCGUGGCAUGCGCAUUCAGACCACUCAGUUCGGUUGUGGGUCCAAGCAUGCGGCAGAGGUCGUUGCGCGGGCCUGCUAUGUCAUGCUGGCAGACGGGAAAGGAAAAGAGGAGGUCAUGACUUUUCGAGACGACUGGUAUCGCAGGAUGAGAUCAUUCAAGUCCGGGCAGGCGACGUCCAACGGGCACGCACAAAGUGGCAGUGACACUUCGCCGAACAAACAGAAGAAAGUCACCCCUGCCACAGAGACUGCAGAGGCCGACGGCGUGCAGCCAGAAGGCACAGCACAAGCAAGUUCACCUCCGCCAGCCACGUCCAGUGGGUCAAGCUCGAGCAGCGAGUCUGAUUCAGAAAGCGCUGGGAAAGCCUCCGAAUCUGAGUCCCAAGAGGAAGCAGCGGAUGCAGGUCAGCGAGGUGUCGGAUUUCUGGAUCCGGACAAAGCACCCGGUGCUAUGGGUAGGGUCUGUGCAAAGAUGGCCGUCAGGACAGGCAUUCGCUGCUUCAGGCAGAAGCGCGUCUCUUCGGAGCCUCCUCUGACCGACCCCCGGCAUGACAGCAAGGCCGACCUGAGUGACAGAGAGCUUGGACGUGCAGGGUACAGCAGAACCAAGGGUUCCUGCAGUUCCUCCGGCUCGGCCCCCGCAUCUUGCCAGACUUCUCCACAACAUCGAAGGGCUACAGCGGCUACAUGUUCGGAGCCGGUGGGCCUACGAAAUCUUGGCAAUACGUGCUUCCUUAAUGCUGCUUUGCAGUCCCUGGCGCAUGCUCCUCUCUUCGCUGAGUUCUUCCUUCGAGGGCGAUUUGAAGCAGAUCUCAAUCCGUCCAAUCCGUUGGGCACAGGGGGGGAAGUGGCAUCAGCCUUUGCGCAGCUGCUUCAUAAGCUUUUUGCGGAAGGAGAGAAAGGCAACAAGUCACCGCACGCCCAUUCUACAUUCUCGCCCGAGGCCUUCUACCGCACGCUGUGCAAGCACUGCACGCUGGUGGCCGAGCAGCCUGGAUUGCAACAAGAUGCCCAGGAGGUCAUAGCAUUCCUUCUUGAUGCUAUCCAUGAGGACCUGAACCGGAACCGUGGUCAACGUUCCGAGUGCAAGGCUCCACAAAGCUUCCGCAGUGAGGAUGCCUGCAGUGAAGAGCAUUUGGCCGCGGAGGCUUGGUACCUGCACCUCCAACAACACCGCUCCGUUGUCAUCGACCUUUGCCAAGGGCAGCUGCGGUCGCAGGUUCAGUGCUGUGAAUGCGGCUGUGCCUCCAUCACUUUCGAUCCUUUCCUCUUCCUGUCGCUGCCUAUGCCAAGUCAUGUUUCCCGCGGCAGAAGGGUGCACAUCGAGGAAGCGAUCAAAGCCUUCUGUGUGGAAGAGAAGCUUGCUGGGGACGACUCAUGGGGCUGCCCAAGGUGCGACCGGCGAGUAAGCGCUUCCAAAAGGCUUUCCCUGUGGAAGCUGCCGCUGCUGCUGUUCGUGCAUCUCAAGCGCUUUGGAUUCGAGGCAAGAACUUGGGGUACUCCCACAUGGAAGAUCGAGGGUGAGGUCGGACUGCCAUCAGAGCGGCUGGACCUUCAAGACUUCGUCCCCAAACUGUCGCCCCAACGCGCGGAUUUGCAAUAUGAUUUGUUUGCUGCGGUGGAUCAUGUAGGUUCGUCGCCGUUUUCCGGGCACUACACAGCUUCUUGUCGCCGAGCGGAUGGCUGGUGGCGCUUCGAUGACUCGCGCACUGAGUACCUGGGCCGAGCAGGCUGUGAGGCGACCGACAGGAAGGUCAUCGGCUCCUGGACUCUCGUUUGCAGCCUGCAUCGUCUUGCCUUCAACUUGGGUUCGAAGUUCGAUCUUCUCAUGACGAAAACGCCAAGGAAUUACCUCCUCAUGUUCCAGAGGCAGGUGGACCUUGCUUGGGUAUUGAAGUUAGCCAUGCUCACUGUAGGCGCGAUGGGCCUGCAGAUUCAGAGGAAGUGCCGGAGCAAAGCCACCGACACCCGGCCCAUGGCGCUCCAUGCAUUGCCAGAGGAGGAUAUUCUCCCUCCUCCAGCCCCGUUUGCUGCAGAGCAGCGCAUGGCAGCCAGAGGCAGAAUCGAUAUGGCGGGCGCAUUCAAUGCAGCCCAUGCGGAGGGCUGUGAGUGUUGCGUGCCCAAAGAGUCUGCUCUGAAGCCUGGCUUUUGGCGAGAUGUUGGUUUCGGUGAACAGGCAGAGACUCCCGAAGCCGAGAGUCUCCGGAGGACCUUCCUUCGAGAGGUCGAGGAGGAGGCAGAGACUAUGUCCCCGAUCGAGCGAACUGCGGCCAUCUUCGGAUGGAAGCGAGCCGGUGACAUGGCACUUGAGGCAGAGGACCUGGAUGGAGCUGGCGAUUGCUAUGCUCGCGGUUUGGCUUUUGGUGCGGUGCUCGGCGAAGAUGGGGCCGAUGCUUUCCCGGCAUGGUAUCCCAGACGGGAAGUCUACAAGCUCUGUGCGGAGGUGCUGGCGAGAGCAGCUCUCCUGGAGCUGCAUGUGGCAGAAGCAGAGGAAGAGGAGGGCCAGGGCGGUGGAGGCUCCAAGGGCUUCAAGAGGAAAUUGACAAAGCAUCGAAGGGCGGUAGACCUGCCGGACAACUUGGAUGAGCUGCCGGAAGUCAUGCCCAGUGCCUCCCGGCCCGAGCUGGACGUCCGGGAUCAGCCCAGUUUGCAGCACGAGGAGUCCAAAUCUUUGACGGAGUAUCGGUACGCUCGCUCGAUCCGAUCCGUUUCCUCGUCGGAGUCUGAUGCCGAGUGGUUCCGGCGUACAAUGAGUGAUACCACAAAUGCACAUCGUCGUCCGGAAGAGGUCUUUGGGUGGUCCGAGUCGUUGGGCUUUUUUCGGCGAGCUGUCAGCGAAGGGGUACUGAAAAAGCAAACGAGACGAAGCAGUGUUGCGGCCUUCGACUGCGAUCUCGGCCCGCUUUCGGAACCGGUGCCUGCGCUAUACAAUUGGACAUGGGCCAGCUGCUUUGCCUUCCUUGGAUAUGUGCUGAUCACCGGAAACGAUUCUAUUGUCAAAGCCUGGUCCAAAGGUCGGAGCAGAAGGGACUUUCCUUAUGCAGUGUCUUCUGUCAUGCUUCUGUCUGGGAUAACCUCUUUUAUUAUCGGCGUUCUCGCGGCCGGUGUGAUUGAAAAAAAAGACGGUCUGAAGAAAUGCUUCAAUGCGAAAGCAAUCUGUCGAGUGGGGUGUGUCAAUGUCUUCUUCCAGUUGGCCGGGAUCUUGAAGUUCAAAGCUUUGACUCGAGUCCCUCCAGAUGCAGUAUCCAUUCUCUCUCAGAUGAACCUGUUCCUGUUGGCAAUUGCCAUUCGGGUUGUGAUGAACAAGUUCUUCUCGUUUGCACAGUGGCUGUGCCUGGCCAUGAUCUGCAAUGGUGUCAUUCUGUACAUGAUCUCCAGAGAAGGUCAAGUCUUGCAUCAAGUCGUCGCUUCUCUUUGCCUCUGCAGUGUGGUUGCGAUGUACACUUGGAAGACCUGGAAGGCUCCUCGAGGAAUGAUGCAGAUGCUCAACUCGCCGAUGCGAAUGAACAACAUCAUCAGCCUACUGAUGUUGCUCUUGCUUUGGAUCCUGGCAGCCAUGACGUUGAUAGGAAGUGUGUGGCAGGCUCUUCCACAGAGCACUCUCCAACAGCCAGCAAACGCGCUCCGGUCAGCAGAUGUGUGGUGGGGUUGCCUUGACAUCUUGGGCAUGUGUUGCUGCGAGAGCUUCGCAUCUGUGUUCUUAGAGAGGUAUUUCAAAAACGACGACCAAGAGCAUUGCAACUUUUACAUACAAAAGGUGCACGUGGACUGCUCGAGCAUUCUGUUUUCUUCGAUAUUGUUUGGUAUGAGCAAGUCCACAGCUGGCUUCCCUACCACUUUGAGUGACAUCAUGGUGCUGCCGGGAGCUCUCUUCGCUGGCUGGGAUAGUUCCACCGUUGUGGUCCUGUUGCUGAUGGUUUGCAAGGCUUGGCUGGCUGGCCUGGUGGCGAAGAUGCUGGACUCCGUGGUGAAGCAGAUCGGCUCUUGCACGGCCAUCGCCCUGAUGUUUGUGGAGAUGAACUGUUGGGAACGCUUCGCAACCGUCGGAACAACCUCGAGCGUGGGCAUCAUCGUCCUGGCAAUCCUGAACUUUACCACAUUGUCACGUUCGCAGCGUGACGACCAGGAGUGGGCGAGUGAGUAUCCGCAGAAGCACAUGUCCGAGAAGGAGAACGACGAGGAGACAGCACAGCCUCUCCAACCGAGUGAGAAGGAAAAAGACAAGUAG